CGCAGCCCCCGCGGCUCCCGGCCGCCCCGGCCCGCGGCCGCCCGCUCCGCGCUUGCUGAUGGGGCGGGGAGGGGGAGCGGGGGCCGGGGCCGAGGACGGGCCGUUGCAUCGCCUUUGCGCCCCCGCUGCAUUUCUUUUGCACCGCGCUCGCUUCUGCUUUGCAUCCCGCCGCCCCUCCGCAGCGCGGCCGCAAGGGGACUGGCCUGCCAGGUCCGCCUGCCUCCAGGGUGCUCGCUUGGGAUAAAGGACCCCCCUCCUUCCCCGAUGAGAUCCCCCGGGCCCCCUGCCCCAAUUGCACCAUGAUUUUGCUGAGCAGCUUCUUGCACCUGCGGCCUCGGCGCUGCGGCCCCUUGGCAGGGCUGGGCAGGGGCAGCGGUCCCGGCGCUGGGUCCCGGCGGGCCCUGCGGGUCCUGGUGGACAUGGACGGGGUGCUGGCCGACUUCGAGGGAGGCUUCCUCAAGAAGUUCAGGGCCAGGUACCCUGACAAGCCCUACAUUGCCCUGGAGGACCGGCGGGGCUUCUGGGUGUCGGAGCAAUACGGGCGCCUGCGACCUGGGCUCAGUGAGAAGGCCAUCAGCAUCUGGGAAUCGAAGAACUUCUUCAUCGAGCUGGACCCGCUCCCCGGGGCUGUGGAGGCUGUGAAGCAAAUGGCCAACCUGGCAGACACCGACGUGUUCAUCUGCACAAGUCCGAUCAAGAAGUACCGCUACUGCCCUUACGAGAAGUACGCCUGGGUGGAGAAGCACUUCGGGCCGGAGUUCCUCGAGCAGAUCGUGCUGACGCGAGAUAAAACGGUGGUCUCCGCCGACCUGCUCAUCGACGACCGACCCGACAUAACCGGAGCCGAGCUGAACCCCAGCUGGGAGCACGUCCUCUUCACCGCCUGCCACAACAAGCACCUGCAGCUGAAGCCUCCCAGCCGCAGGCUGCACUCCUGGACGGACGACUGGAGGGCCAUCCUGGACAGCAAACGGCUGCCGCCGCGCCGGGCGGCGUGAGCGCCGGCCCCCGCGCGUCCCCCACCGCGGAGCCCGGCCCGGGGCCGUGCGAACCACGGACACGCCGACGGACGCCGUGCUUGCUGGGGAGAGGAGGAGGAGGAGGAGGAGGAGGAGGAGGGGGGGGGGGCUGAAACCCCACUGUCAUCCAGACGCCGGGGAGCCCCCCAAGCACCCCGGAAAGCCCCGGCUGAUGCAGGAGAGACGUCGGGGCCCCUGGGCAGCGGGACCUUCUGGCCGUGGGGCAUUUCCCACGGGCUCAGGGGGAGCUCGUGCCUGGCACGGGGGCCAGCUACGUGUUUCGGAUGGACAAGCUCACCCUCAGCGUGUUACUGCCUGGCUCCAGGCCUGCUGUGGGGCUUGGAGCGGUGCUGGAUCCCUCCUUUCUGCAUUUCAGCUGGGGCUUGCGCGGGGUCAGCUCAGUGCUCGGUGCUCGGACGGGGGGGGACGGGGCGCUGGGAGCCAGCAGACGAUGCCCAGGCUCAGCGCGCGCGCGCUCGGCGGUGCCUCUCGAUGCAGCUGAGCGCUCCCCCAGACGAGGCUGCAAAAAACCAUCUCUGCAGUAGGAAGCAAGAUAAAAACAAUCCCCCCUUGGCUCUGGCCGUGGGGAGCAGCGCGGUCCUCUCCGGCUGCCCGGCGCUCGCCCUGCGCUUGGGGCUCUGCGGCUGCAGCCCCGGGCGGGAGCCCGGUGCGUUCUGCAGGACCGGCGCGCUCUGUCCCCCCGCAACGCCGGCGAUUUCACCGUUCCUCCCUGGAUUUCAAAGCCGCUGCUGCUCGUGCCGGAGGCCGGUCCGCCAGGAAAGCACUGGGUGUGCACCCGCCUGGCACCCCCCUUCCCGCGCGGAGCGAGCCCGGAGGUGGAGGAGGAGCGGACGGACGCUGCGGCGGGCUGCUCUGCUGCUUGCCUGCCCGGCAGCUCGGCUCGCGCAGGGGUCUGAGCCCCCGCGUGACGGAAGCGCCCGGCUCGCAGACAGUUUUUGCACAAGUUAAUGUAGCUGGCGUUGAGGCUGGGCACAACCACUGAGCUGGCAGGAGCGGGAAAGGCGUCGAAAGGAUCAGGAAAAAAAAAAAAAAAAAAAACACAACUCUCGGUCCUCGAAACUCUCAUUUAGCAUCAGCUCGGGACGUGGGCUGCAAGGGGCGAGCAGAGCGGAUGGAAGAGGGCCGAGCCGGGCGGCUGGCGGGAGAGGUGCAGUUGGCACAGCCGGAGCCCGCGCGUCGCAGCAGGACAACCUCCGGUGCGGCGGGCGGACAGACGGACGGUCCCCGCCGGCGCUCGCAGCCCCUGCGCAGCUCGUUCCAGCCGUCGGCUCCAGCUCGUGGCGGGGGGAGUUAUGCAGCAGAAAGGGUGUUUUUUUGUUUUUUUUUUUUUUUUAAUGCAUAUCCAUGAAAAAGAGGCUGAUGAGGAACACUGCAAUAAACCCUCGGUUUUAUUGGCA